GUAACUAUUCAUAUGAAUAUUCAACUAAAAACGCCACAAUGAAACGUCCUCGAAACACACCGUGGUGUAAUGAUGUCAUUUUGUCGUUCAUUGCCUGCAAGUGAGGUGAUCAACAUACGGUCUGGCUACAAAGAACAUAUAUUACUCUGACGUUACCAACAAUGUCGUCUGAAUUCAGACCAACUUCUCAUCAUGAAUCCUGUGAAAUCUUCUGUACUCCCGAUGGACAAGAUAUCCUGGAUGAAAACAGUCAUACUGAGCACGAAUCCAUUGACGAAACUAAAUCUACUACCGAUAGUUAUGCUCGCACUGACCACGACAAUCCUGCGUCUGUUGAAUAUCACUACAUUGACGACGUCAACCCAGCCUCUGCCUAUCAACAGCUGACAGAAGAACGCGAGUCGAAAGCUGAUGAUGACUAUGAAUGCAUUUCUGACACCAACCCUGCGUAUGAUUACCUUGAAGCAAUAAACGAGCCACGUACGGUUACCGGUUUGAUUUUGACGGUGAUGAAGGCAGAUUAUCAAAAAUUCCCUGUGACCAACGCUUCGUCAUCGAAACACCAUCGUCGAGCACGGCGAAGCAGACGACAAACACAAAGUCUAAAGAUGUCCAAGGAAUCUGGUGAAGAAACCAUCCCUACUCCUGAAGGACAAGAGAUGCUGCAAGUAAACAAACCUGCUGAGCACGAAUCCAUUGGCGACAGGUCUACUGCCGGUAGUUACGCUAGCACUGACCACGACAACCCAGGUUCUGUUGAAUAUCACUCCACUGACGACGUCAACCCAGCUCCUCCCGAUCACCACGGGACUGAAGAAAGCAAAUCGGACUCUGAUGAUGGCUAUGACUGCAUUGCUGACAUUAACCCUGCGUAUGACUACAUUGAAGCAAUAAACGAGCCACGUACGAUGUCACUGAGAGAAGCGGCAUCUGGAAGGAUCAUGAUUGUCGGUCUGAUAAUAAACCUCAUUGCCGGCGCCUUCUCUGUCUUCUGCAUAAGAAGAGCUGACCGGGAAGUGGCCAGCGUCAGUUUUCGACUGGCCACUGCAGUGGCUGCUGUCUGCUGUGUGCCGCUUAUGAUCAAAUAUGAUCUCAGGAAGGUGGCCAUUGCCGGAAGUGUCGGUCUCAUCUGUUUUUGUACACUGCUGACAGUGUCACUGGCAACUGGAAUUGAUGCCCUAAUUGUUCCAGAAAGUAUCAUUGGGGGUACUGCAUACGGCCUUUUGGGUACAGCUGGAUUUGUAGGCACCAUCCUCCUCCUCCCUGGCCGCCUUGCUCUCGCUGUCUUCAUCAGUUACGUCGGAUGCGUCAUUGGAAACAUCAUCGGCAUCACUAUCAGCUAUAAAGUUGAUCCCUUGAAGUCUCCGUAUGCUUUGUGGACACUGCCUGCGCUUGGUCUGUUGUGUUGCAAGUUCCUUUCACACUACGAGAGAACAGGAAAUAUAACCAAUGUUUUGAGACAUUCUUCAUUUUAUGUCACGUUGAUAAUGAGAACGUCAGUCUCUAUUGGAUUGGCAAUCAUCCCAUCGCUGAUCAAAACUGUGUCCAUUGCAGAAACACAAUAUUUUCUGUUCCUUGUCCUCUUUGGAAGUCAAGUAAUGUACAUGGUUAUUUUGGUAAUGGGUGUCAGGUUUUGGAGAGAAAACCUGCGGAAUCCUAGCCCAACACCUUUGGGAAUGGUCGUCCUGAUGAUCGGACUUGGCACCUUGAUCCAUCAGGUUGUAACUAUGAACGUGUGGAUUGUGGGAGUCUAUAUGGCCUUGCUUGGGAUAGUAUUGGCAUACUCUCACGUAAUGAUGCCGCUGGUCAUGCUGCAUGCUACGGGCACUGCCAACUGCAGACAGACCAUUCCUGUCUUGAGAUGCUGUGACGAAGUUGGUAUAAUGCUGGGUGUCGUCGUUCUCGAUAGAGAGACAUUUUGGACACAGAAUGGAGCCUUGUACUUUGCCGGAGGGAUUCUCGUCGUGUCCGGGGUCGGCAUCCUACUGGCGAGAGGCUACUUGAGACGCCCGCCUCCUCUGACAGAUGAGGCUUUAUCAAUAGUUGGCUAAAACACGGGAUAGUCGCGGGUAUUAUUCUACAUGUACAUAGAGAUCAAUUAGCAGCAUGUGUGUAUGGCGACUAUCUCAUAACUAUCGAAUGUUGUCAACAAAGCUGUCUUCACAUACAAUUUGGAUAUAAUUUCUUUCGUUUGAGGGACGAAUUAGAACGAAAUUAUUUUCUACUAACGUCGGAAAGCACAACAAAGGGGGGCAACCCCGCUUUUAAUUUCGAAAAAAAAUCUUUAUUUCUGUUGAAAUUACCACCAAAGACAAUAAAUAGAUCUUAAUUGUGCACCCCCCCUUUUCAUAAAAGCUGUAUCCGCCCAUGGGUAUACAAGUAAAGGCGCGAAGCUGAAACUUCAUUCUGAGGUGCAGUGCACGCGGAGCUGGCUAUAUUAAACAUGUUCAGUUAUGUAUGAUGCCGGUUGAAGUACAAAUCGGGUGAAUCGUUACGUGUUUUUUUUAUGUGUGUAGUGGCUGCUGCUGUCCAUAUGAUGAUCGGGAUGUUAUGGGUUGUUUGCAAGUUGUGUUGGCGAGCCAUGAUAAUACAUUGUGAGAUGGAUUGGUAUCCAUAGUUGAAAUCUCGAACACUCCAGUUGUGAGAGGAUGGAUUUGGGAUAUACACUGAUGAGUAUAUGCGCUGACGAGCCAUUAGAACAUGUGAUUGGGCGUCGAUGCCUGUGAUUAUUAUAUACGUUGGAAAUGUGAGGCAUCGAGUUUAUAUUCAUGUGAAUCACGAUGUGUAGAUGGUCAUGAUGCUGUUGAUGUUCGUGAUGCGGACGAUGUUGAUGAUAAUGUGGAUUUAUGUUGAAGAAUAAACUGCGGUCACUCAGUGCACCGCACAGUG